AUCCUAUAAAUAGUAGGCGCCUCAAAUUCGCUAAAUUACUUGCUGCUCUCUCAAUUUUGAUCCUUUUUUCUUGUUCAAUUUCGUUUCUUUUCUUGCUAAUUAAUUUACAGAAGCUCCUUUUCUUUUAUUUCCUCUCUUAGAUUUUGUAAUCAUGCUCGUUUAUCAGGAUCUUCUCACAGGUGAUGAGCUUCUCUCUGACUCAUUCCCAUGCAAGGAAAUCGAGAAUGGGAUGUUGUUGGAAGUUGAGGGGAAGUGGGUUGUUCAGGGAGCAAUUGAUGUAGACAUUGGUGCAAACCCUUCUGCUGAAGGUGGAGGAGAAGAUGAAGGUGUUGAUGACCAAGCUGUCAAGGUCGUUGAUAUUGUUGACACAUUCAGGCUGCAGGAGCAACCUUCUUUUGACAAGAAGCAAUUUGUUACCUAUAUGAAGAGGUACAUCAAAUUGCUGACACCUAAAUUGGAGCCAGAGAAACAGGAGUUGUUCAAGAAGCACAUUGAAGGAGCUACCAAGUUUCUGCUUGCAAAGCUCAGUGAUCUGCAGUUCUUUGUGGGCGAGAGCAUGCAUGAUGACGGCAGCCUGGUAUUUGCAUACUACAAGGAAGGCUCUGCGGAUCCGACCUUUCUGUACUUUGCAUAUGGGCUCAAAGAAGUCAAGUGUUAAGAACGGAAUCUCACAUUGUAGCCAUUUUGAAUGGAUAUGCUAUUUAUACUAUGAGGGAAUUUUAGCAUACGCUAUUUGGAUUUUAUAAUACCUUCGGGAGUAAUAGUUUGUUAUGUGUUCUGGAUUUUUAGAGCAAAUGAGUUAUAUAUAUAUAUAUAUGCUUUGACUAAGCUAAGGAAUAAAGUAAUUAUGCAUUGCUGUGGCAAA